CGGCCACAGAAUAGAUUCCGGCAAUGGCAUUCGAUCAGCCGUCGGCCAUUUUAGACUUUUAAGUCGCAUAUGGGCUUAUCAGUUUUGCAAAUCUCGUAAAAGUCGAGGUAAUACUUAUAUUUAUAAUUUUUAAUGUGAAUCUGACGUUUCUAGCAACAAAGUCAAAAUGGCUAGGUACGGACAGAGACCGGAAAAUGCGCUCAAACGAGCUAAUGAAUUCAUCGAAGUUGGAAAGCCAGCUAGGGCUCUCGAUACCCUACAAGAAGUCUUUCGGAACAAGAAAUGGGCAUACAACUGGUCAGAAUCGGUCUUGGAACCGAUCAUGUUCAAGUACUUGGAACUCUGUGUGGACCUAAGGAAGUCCCACAUUGCCAAAGAGGGGCUCUUCCAAUACCGGAACAUGUUCCAGUCGGUCAAUGUUGGUUCCUUGGAGAAUGUAAUAAGGGGAUACCUGAGAAUGGCUGAGGAGAGAACAGAAAACGCUAGGGAACAGUCGGCACAAGCUGUCAUCGACAUCGAUGAUCUCGACAACUUAGCAACUCCAGAAAGUAUUCUGUUGAGUGCUGUUUCUGGAGAGGAUGCUCAGGAUCGCUCAGACCGUACAAUUCUAACUCCAUGGGUCAAAUUCCUAUGGGAAUCUUAUUGUCAGUGUUUAGAACUGCUCAGAACCAACGCUCACGUCGAAAAUCUCUACCACGACAUUGCCAGAAUGGCUUUCCAGUUCUGUCUUAAAUACAACAGGAAAACUGAGUUUAGGAAAUUGUGCGACAAACUUCGUAAGCAUCUGGAGGACAUUUGCAAAUUGCCUACGCAGACAGCAAACGUUUCCAUGAGUAAACCUGAAACACAGCAGCUGAAUCUUGAAACGAGGCUUAAUCAGCUGGAUUUCGCUAUUCAAAUGGAAUUGUGGCAGGAAGCUUAUAAGGCUAUUGAGGAUAUCCACAGCUUGAUGAAUCUUUCGAAGAAGUCCCCAGUCCCGAAAACCAUGGCGAACUAUUACCAAAAACUGGCCAUGGUUUUCUGGAAAGCUGGAAACUACUUGUUCCAUGCCGCUGCUUUAUUUAAACUGUUCCAGUUGUCCAAGGAAAUGAAAAAGAACAUUACCGCAGAGGAACUCCAAAGAAUGGCAUGUCGAGUGUUGAUAGCUACUCUUGCUAUUCCCCUUCCUUCUGCUCAUCCAGAAUUAUUCAUCGAAACUGAUAAGUCUCCUUUGGAAAAAGCGCAGCGUUUAGCCGUUCUUCUCGGCUUAUUCCAGCCUCCCACUAGGGCAAGUCUUCUCAAGGAUCUGGUACGUGUCAACGUUGUGAACUUAGCCAGCCCGCAGCUCCAGGACCUCUACAAUUGGCUCGAAGUAGAGUUCCACCCUCUACUGUUGUGCAAGCGUGUGCACGAUGUGAUAAACUCUCUUGAGGCAGAAGAAAACUCGGCCCUGCAGCAGUACAUUGGCGCCCUGCAAGACGUCACGCUGGUCCGUCUCGUCAGGCAGAUCGCGCAGGUGUACCAGACCAUUGAGUUUGCCAGACUUCUGGAUAUCGCGAAGUUCACGACGCCUUUCCAUCUGGAGCGCUUGCUCGUAGAUUGCGUCCGGCACAAUGACAUGCAGAUUCGGAUUGAUCACGGUAAGAGGUGCAUCCACUUUGGUAUGGAUUUGAGCGAGAGUCAACGGGAGGAUAAGCCGGAAGGGCCGACACUGCAAGUCAUGCCUAGCGAGCAGGUUCGGAAUCAGUUGGUAAACAUGUCAACUGUGCUGAAUCAGGCUAUACAAGUCAUCAAUCCGAAUAGAAAGAAGCUUGAGAGGGAGAAAUUGAGGGCCGCAAUGGUCCAGAACUACCACGAGACGAAGGUGAGAGAGCACCAGAAGAUCCUCCAGAGACACAAGAUCAUCGAGGACAGGAAAGAGUACAUAGAGAGGUUGAAUACAGUGCGGGAAGAAGAGGAACAGAAGAGGUUGGAGGAAGUUCAGAGGCAGCACGUGCUUGCUGAGCAUAAACGGUUGGAGCAGGAGCGAGAGGAAAGGGAGAGAAAGAGGGCUCUGAACGAAAUCCAGCAGAUCAAGGACAGGCACCUGAAGGAGAAGCUACAGCAGAUCAGCCAGACGGGACAUGGACAAAAGAUCUUGAAGAAACUGGACGAGGAUGACAUCAAGAAACUAGACGCUGAUCAAAUAGCGGCCAAGGAAGCGGAAGAGCUUCAGAAAGAGCGCCGCGAGCUCCAAGCGAAACUGAAGUCUCAAGAGAAGAAGGUCGACUAUUUCGAGCGAGCUAAACGUCUCGAGGAGAUCCCUCUCCUGCAGGCGAGCCAGAAAGAGCGCCAGCUGCAGGACCAGAACUUCUGGGAACUGCAAGAGAAGGAGCGCAUCGCGGCUGCAGUCGAAGAACGCAAACUCGCCGUCGCUACACGUGACCGCCUCGUCCGGAUGAAGCCCGACAAGGACGAGUUCCUCGCGAAGCUCAAGAAGGAACGCAAUAUUGUGUUCGAGGACAAGCUUAGAGAAUUCGAAGAGGCGCUCGCCGCCGAGAAGAAGAGGCGUCUGCUCGAGCGUCGCGCUGCUCGCAAAGAGGAACGCCGCGCCAAGUACCUCAAGCAAAAGGAGGAGGAAGCGGAGCGCAAGGCGGCCGAGCAGCGACAGCGAGAGGAGGAGGAGCGCCUGCGGCUUGAGGAGGAGGCACGCCGCGAGCGCGAGGAGAAAGAGCGGAUACAGCGGGAGGAAGCUGAGCGUAAGGAGAAGGAGCGCAAGGAGAUGCUCGACAGGGCAGCGGCUCUGCAGAGGGCCAAAGAGGAAGAUAUCGAACGCAAGAUGGAGGAGGAAAGGGAGAGGGCAAGAGAGAGGUCAAAAGAUACCUGGAGAGACAAGGAUGCCGGUACGAAAACAGAAUCAGGACCCUGGCGGAGAGGAAUGGACCGAGGCGGAGGAGCCAGCGAGGAACCCAAGAGAACGGAAGCUUGGAAACCUUCUCGUUCUCGCGCGGACGACCAAUCUAGAGGCGCCACAGAUAGCUGGAGAGGGGGCGAAGAUAAAAAAGAUGAUCGCCCAAUCAGAAGGACCUUCGAUAGAGACACCAGGGAUAGGUAUGGAGACAGUCGCUUCUCGCGAGAUGGCAGGACCGGUCGAGACGAUAGGGGUGGGAGAGAUGAUGGUUUGCGGCGCAAUGACGACAAUAACUUCCGUCGUGCUGAUGAUAGGGACCGCAGGGGGGAUGAUAGGGAUCGUAGAGGCGAUGAUAGGGAUCGGAGAGGGGAUGAUAGGGAUCGUAGAGGCGAUGAUAGGGAUCGCAGAGGGGAUGAUAGGGAUCGUAGAGGCGAUGACAGAGAUCGAAGAGGAGGCGAUGAUGGUGGUAGCUCUUGGCGUAGUGCAAGGAAGAUGGACGACGAACCGCCAAGUCGUAGACCGCCGCCUUCUAGAACAGCUCCUUCAGAUAAUGUAUGGAGAUCCAAUAGAGACAGAGACACAGACCGUAAAGAUGAACCGCGGAGAGGAGCGCCUGCACCCGCUAAAGAAAGACCUGUUCGUGAACCAGCUCCGCCGCAGCAGGAAGGAGAAGAUGGCUGGUCUCAAGUUUCCGGAAGACGUCGUUAAACUUUGCUAUAUCGCUUUCGUGACGCAACUCGGCCAACAUUUAAGUAAUAUGCUGUUUAUUUGCAGGUUUUUAUGGAAAAUGGUAGUAGUUGAUUCAUUGUUUGCAUGUUCAAGCAGAACCAGCUUUGUUAUGUAUAUUGAGGCAGAGAAUGGUAUAUAAUCUUUAUUUUUAACCAAUAAAACUCAUAUAUAGUGG